CUCUUCCUCACUGUGGUUCAGUUCUGCGUGAGGAACAAACCUGGAAACUGGUGGAUUUUUGGAUUCCAAACCGCCUCUUCCUCCACGAGCUACAAGAUCCACCAACAGAAUGACCUUCACAUGUGACCAGUGUGGAAAGGUGUGUCCAAGAGCUUCCGACCUGAAAGUACACUACAGAACUCACACAGGAGAGAAACCCUACGAGUGUGAUCUGUGUGGGAAGACCUUUUUACACUCAAGCAGCCUAGUAACACAUAUGAAAAUCCACACAGGAGAGGGGCCGUACAAGUGUGACCAGUGUGGAAAAGUGUGGCGAAAAUCGUCCGAACUGAAAGUACACUACAGAACUCACACAGGAGAGAAACCCUACGAGUGUGAUCUGUGUGAGAGGACCUUUACACAGUCAAGGCACCUAGUAAUACACAUGAGAAUCCACACAGGAGAGAGGCCGUACAAGUGUGACCAGUGUGGGACGGGAUUUAGAGACUCCGGUAGCCUCCAUAAACAUAUGAGAAUCCACACAGGAGAGAAACCAUUUGAAUGUGACCAGUGUGGGACGGGAUUUAGAGACUCCGGUAGCCUCUAUCGACAUAUGCGAAUCCACACAGGAGAGAAACCCUACGAGUGUGAUCUGUGUGGGAAGACCUUUUCACGCGCCAACUACCUAGUAACACACAUGAGAAUCCACACAGGAGAGAAACCCUACGAGUGUGAUCUGUGUGGGAAGACCUUUUCACGCGCCAACUACCUAGUAACACACAUGAGAAUCCACAGAGGAGAGAAACCCUACGAGUGUGAUCUGUGUGAGAGGACCUUUUCACAGUCAAGCCACCUAGUAAUACACAUGAGAAUCCACACAGGAGAGAGGCCGUACAAGUGUGACCAGUGUGGGACAGGAUUUAGAGACUCCAGUGGCCUCCAUAAACAUAUGAGAAUCCACACAGGAGAGAAACCAUUUGAAUGUGACCAGUGUGGGACGGGAUUUAGAGACUCCAAUAGCCUCCAUCGACAUAUGAGAAUCCACACAGGAGAGAAACCCUACGAGUGUGAUCUGUGUGAGAGGACCUUUUCACAGUCAAGCCACCUAGUAAUACACAUGAGAAUCCACACAGGAGAGAGGCCGUACAAGUGUGAGCAGUGUGGGAUGGGAUUUAGACGCUCCGGUAACCUCCAUCAACACAUGAGAAUCCACACAGGAGAGAGGCCGUACAAGUGUGAGCAGUGUGGGAUGGGAUUUAGACGCUCCGGUAACCUCCAUCAGCAUAUGAGAAUCCACACAGGAGAGAAACCCUACGAGUGUGAUCUGUGUGGGACGGGAUUUAGACAAUCCAGUGGCCUCCGUUUUCAUAUGAGAAUCCACACAGGAGAGAGGCCGUACAAGUGUGAUCUGUGUGAGAAGACCUUUUCACAGUCAAGCUCUCUAGUGUCUCACAUGAGAAUCCACACAGGAGAGAAGCCGUACAAGUUUCCUUGA